UAAAGAAAAACCUCGACCCCAGCUGCCUGUGACUAUGCUGGACAUGAGAAAUGACAGUUACUGUGACCACAUUCUUCCAUCCGAACGCACCCUGUUUCUCAUGAAAGAGAUCACAUCCAUGAAGAUGAAAUUUUGGUCAGGGGCCGAACCACAUCCUUUGAGCUACACACAUAAAGAGAAGUGUGUGCAGCGCGGGUGGGUUUCAGUGCAUCUCAGCACAGCAAAGACAGAGAGUUGAAAUGUUCCACCUGAGACAUUUCACUCUUUUCUUCUCCUGCAUUUUACUCCUCAUCGUCUUCUCAAGUCAUGGUUCUGAGAUCGUUAAUGGAAGUGAAGUUGUGCCCCACUCACUGCCUUACAUGGCUCUGCUUCUCAACAACAAACCAGUCUGUGGAGGGGUACUGAUCGAUCCAUUCUGGGUCCUGACAGCUGCACAUUGUUCUGACAUUAAAGAGGUGUGGCUGGGGGUACACUCCAUCAAAGCUGCUGAAAAGAACGCCAGGCAGAUCCAAAAAGUUAAGAAGCAAUAUCGUCAUCCCUGCUAUGACACAACAGAAAAUGUCAAUGACCUCAUGUUGCUCAAGCUUCAAAAAAAGGUGAAGGAAACUGACACAGUAAAGUGUCUUAAGUUGGGUAAAGCUGCCAAAGAUCCACAAGCUGGCACCAAAUGUACAGUGGCUGGAUGGGGCCAAACAAAAUUCAAAAAUAAGGAAAUGUCAGAUGUCCUGAGGUCAGUCACUGUGGCUGUGGUCGACAGGAGGGUGUGCAACUCUCCUGCGUUUUACGACUUCAACCCUGUUAUCACCAGGGGCAUGAUAUGUGCUGGUUCAGAUGGUAAACAUGUUGCUGAUACAUGCACGGGGGAUUCAGGAGGCCCUCUGUUGUGCAACGGAGAGCUACUUGGAGUCACUUCUUUUGGCGAGAAGUGUGGCCUCAUUAAAAAGCCUGGAGUGUACACUUUCCUUUCAGUGAAACAACUCUCUUGGGUCAAAGAGACGAUGAAGAAAUCUGACGCAUGAGUCACUAUUAAGGAGUUUGUAUUUGCCUCCAAGUUAACCAGUUUGAUUGCUUAGACUUUUUCUUUGACAUAUCCACUUUCCCUACUCAUAUGUAAUAGGGAGGGGGCUUCUGCUGCAGUAAAAACAGGCAAAACUAUUUUUUGAGACUUCUCAUUAACGUGACCACAAGUCCUUGCAUAUUGAACUCCCAACAGGAAACAAGCAACAUGUCGACAAUAUAGGAAAUGUGCUUUUAUUUGAAGAAUCACAUUACAAAUGAAUACUGCACAUACAAAAACUGGGAAAUUGUGGUUUCCUUGAAAUUAAAAAUAAUUUAUGUUAUAUAUUAACACACA